AAUUAAUGAGUCAAUGCUAAUAACAAGGAUUUAUAUAUUGUGUUUAAGGGAAUUGCUAGGAAUUUAGUUUAUGUUUGGAGUAAGUUGCCCUUUCAACAGCCUCUAUUUAGGAACGACAUGCUCUUUGUUAUUGAU